AAUGAAGAAAGUCGCUUUUUGUCGAAACAUAUCUAGCAGUAGCGCCCCCUUGCGGGGAUUCCCCAAAUCCAUUUCCGCCAUGUUUCUAAAUUGGCUGACACACUGUAAAGGAAUUUCGAGCGUUACUUGAAAUUGAAAGAACAAUCAGAGUAUUGUCAGUGAAGUACUGACACUGCCACAAAGCGACAUGGAUUGGGACAACCAACGGCCCAGCGCCCCUUCAACCCCUUCCAGUAUGUCAAGCCAGUCAACGGGGAACAGCAACCCUGCACCCAGAAGUGAGAAGAUCCCAACUCUGAAACAGAUCUCACCAAGCCCCUCUGUUUCAGCACUCUCAAAAUUGAACGAUGAUGAUCUUCGCAAAAAAGGUUUGGAGGACUUGCUUCGAAUCCUGAGACGCGUAGAGGGAGAUUACAAGUCUCUGAUGGCUGAGCAUGGCAACGUGGUCAAGGAUGUGAACAGACGCUUUCAGAUAUUUGUCCUGGAGACUCGGAGCCUGAAGGAUGUGAACCAGAAAUUACAAGAUGAUAAUCAAGAACUGAGAGACCUGUGUUGUUUCCUAGACGAUGACAGACAGAGAGGACGUAAAUUGGCCAGGGAGUGGCAACGUUUUGGCCGUUACACAGCCAGUGUCAUGAGAAGCGAGGUGGCUGUGUACCAGGAAAAGUUGAGGGAGCUGGAGGAGAGACAGAGCGAGCUGGUCACGGAGAACAUGGAGCUGAAAGAGCUGUGUCUCUACCUGGACCAGGAGCGCGUGAGGAUGACCGGGGACCGGGAUGAGGGCGACGGGAGCAGUAAUGGGACGGUCACGGGCCAUGAGGACGGGAUUGUUGCCAUGGACACGACGGGCUCUGUCACGCCGACACCCUCGGUCACCCCACUGAAUAACUUUUCUUUGACUCCCAGCUCCACCGUCAGUUACAUCAAAGAGCUGGAGCUGAAGGUACACAAGCUAGAGGAGGAGAAGAAGUCUCUGGCCCUGAGAAUUGACAGAAACACAGCCGAAGGAGUUGAUGGAGCAGUCGGGAUGAAUAACGCGGACGACAUUUCAGUUCUACACCCAGGCCAGUCCGUGCAUGCCCCAGCCAGCCCCUCCAACCAGAGGUCGUCGAUGUCAGGGAAGCCCGAGGCUGUUGUGCAUGCCAUGAAGGUUCUUCAAGUGCACGAGGAGCUGGAGAAGGUGCCAGUGGAGGAGGAGAACCUGGACGACUCGGAGAAGGCCAUCGUCAGAGAGAUGUGCAAUGUCGUGUGGAGAAAACUGGGAGAUGUUGGCGACGUGGGUAGCUUCAACGAGUCCUCCGACAGCCUGCUAGACCCGCCGUUUGUGCCCGACUCUCCCAUCAAGCCCAACACUUCGGUGAUGUCAGCGCCGGGUGGCGGGGUCAGUCAUGGCCAGGCCCACUCCCACAGCGUGUCUCAGCCACUGCCGCAGAUGGCCAGCACGCCGCUGGCUGCUUACAGCCGGGCCGGCCACCCUGAGCCAGCUUCGGCCGGCGCUGCCGCUCAGCCGAUGGACGCGCAGCCUCAGCACAAGCCGCAAGAGCGACCACCGCAUCAGCAUCAGCAGCAUCCUUUUCGACCCCCCCAGGAGGUGGGUCAAGGCCAGCCCCAUCUUCCCCUGCAGAACCCUCCCGGCCCCCAUCCCAGCCACCCUGCAGCGCGGGGCAGAGAGCCUCACACGCCCACCUCGCAGCCGCACUCGUUCCCUCAGCCGCCGCCGCCGCGGCCAGGGGAUCUGGAUGUCAGAGGAGGCAGGCAGGAUCCCGCUGUCACGGAGAGAGAGAGGUACAUUGCUGAGAACGAGAUGAACUUCCGGUACUCCAUGGAAAAUCCUCAUCACCCUCCUCCUCCUCCUCCUCCUCCUACCUGGCGGGAAGAGGAUAGGCGCAACCCGGACCAGAAGUUCCCGCCAUAUUACCCGAGCGACAACAGGGCCAGGCCCAACCAACAGCAGCAGCAACCUUCAUAUCCCGGACACCCGCAAGCCACCCAGAUGCACCCCCAGCAGCCUGCCCGGACUCCACCUCACCACGGAGACGGUCCGGGGUAUCCACACCAUCCAGACAGGCCUGUGGAUAUGGGAGCCAGGGAUCCGAACCAUCCAGACAGAGCUGUGGUUAUGGGAGCCAGGGAUCCGAACCCCGCACCCUCCUACCAUCACCAGGGUCCCAGAGACCACGCCCCAGCCCGCCACCAGGAGAGACAGCCGGCCCAGCCUCCGCCCCCCGUCGUGCCUCGAGCACACGAUCAGCAGCAGCAGCAGCGCCACCCGUCCUCAUCUCAGGGGUACCCGCACCCCGGCGCACCGCCGCUCAAACACGGGGGUGAAGGCAACAACCCAGGACCUGGCCGAUACCCGCAGCAGCCCGCGGGCCAAGGCAGGAACAACCCCCCGCCGCCCUUCUCUCAUCAGCCGGUCAGACUACUAGACGCGCCGGGCGUCCACCGCCACAACACAGCUACCUCAGAGAGCGGCCACGGGCUGCACAAAAUGAUGAACCAGCCGCAGCGCAAAGACGAUCCCGGCCCGCCGCCGCUGUCCCAGCCACGCCCUCGCAGCCGAGGGGAAAACCGCUACGAGGACAGACAUUCCGCCGAGAGAGAUCAGAAGCCGAAUCACCCGACCUCUCGGUCUAUGUCGUCGGCCUCGUCGUCGACCCCCUCAGCUCACGCGGCAAGCGGUCACCCGCAAGGACAGAGCAUGCCCCCCCCUCCUGUCUCGUCACACCCCUCCGGGGGUGGUCAGGGCAUCGCAGGUUUCAGAGCGUACCCCCCGCCCCAGUCAAAACCGGGUGCUCCCCCACCCUCCUGGAGAGGGGGGGCUGGGGGGACAGAGAUGAGAGCAGCCCCUGGGGGAGGCGGGGGGUACCCCCCAGGCCCCGCGGCGUCGGGAGGAGGGGGAUAUCCCCAGGGACAGAUGGGGGUGGGAGGAGGAGGAGGCUAUGGGCCGGGCCCCACGCCUCGCCCUGGCUAUGGGAACGCUCCAGUGCAGGGGAGGGCCGGUGGUAACCCAAAGAGGUUUCAAGAACAAGAAUGGAGACAGACCUACUUAGACGACAGCGAUACCUUAUAGUAUCAAGUGGACAAAUUCUAUUGUUUUUUGUGGUGAAGUUUACCCUAGAUCUGGAUAUCUUUUAUGUUUUUGGUUUACACCAUGAUCAAAAAUCAUAUAUAUAUUUUCUUCUCCUUGACAUAUUGUGAUUUAUCUGUUUUACAUAACGUUAUACAAAAGUAUCUGAUACAUUUUUUUCCCAGCAGAUACCAGUUGUUGAUACUCUCUCUGUCUAUUUCACUGCAGCAUUUUUGUUAGGUCACAUGACUGGG